AUGAAAGAAGAAAUGAAUUCUAUGCGGAGCAAUGAGGUUUGGGACCUUGUUGAGUUGCCUAAUGGGGCCAAGGCCAUUGGCUGCAACAUCGAGCGAUACAAGGCUAGGCUCGUUGCUAAAGGAUUCAAUCCAAAAGAAGGAAUCGAUUACACAGAGACCUUUUCUCCUAUCCAUAGGGAUAGAUCCCGGGGCAUUCUGGGACUAUCGCAGGAAACCUAUAUCAACAAAGUCUUAGAAAGAUUUCGGAUGAAGGAUUGUUCACCGAGUCCAGCUCUUAUUGUGAGAGGUGAUAAAUUCAGUUUGGACCAGUGUCCAAAGAAUGAUUUUGAAAGAGAAUCCAUGAAGAAUAUUCCCUAUGCUUCGGUUGUCGGUUGUCUCGGGUAUAUUCAAGUCUGUACUAGGCCGGACAUCGCCUUUGCUGUUGGAAUGCUGGGACGAUAUCAAAGUGAUCUGGGUUUAGACCACUGGAGAGCUGCAAAGAAGGUUUUGAGGUAUCUCAAAGGUACCAAGGAUUAUAAGCUUGUGUUCAGGAAGAUGAACACUUUGGACAUUGUUGGGUACUUUGACUCGGACUUUGCCGGUUGCAUUGAUUCUCGGAAAUCAACUUCGGGAAACAUUUUCAUUAUGGCCGGUGGAGCUAUUUCAUGGAGAAGUGUUAAACAAACUCUUGUCACCACUUCAACUAUGGAAGCCGAGUUCAGAAGUAGAGAGGAUAGAGAUUACCUCAGAGAAUGGAGAGCAUCAGUUGCUGCGAGGAGGAAAAAUGAGAGAAACACUGCUACGCAGAAGAUCCAAGGGCAAAUGAGAGAAAUUUGCAAUAGGGUCAAGUAG